AUAAAAAACACAAGAAAAAGAAAAGGAAAAAUCGUCUGGCGGACGAAUAAUCAAAUCGGUUGACUCCGUCCCACUCUUUUUCAUCUGAAUCUGAGAGAGAAGCGAGGGAGAGGAAGAAGAACCACAUCUGAAUCCUCCUCUUCCGUUGCUCCGUCGCCCCAACCGUCACCACCUCCGCCGUCUCACCCGCUCUCAAUCAUCAUCAGGGAACUGGGUCUCUAUGAUGGAAGUACAUGAGUUUCUAGACAAGUGAUUUUUGAGGCCUGUUUGCGAAUUGAAUCGGGAUAUCGAGUAAAAUGUCAUCAAGUGUUAUGGACAUAGUGAAUGCUACUGUAGAUUGGGUGACGGCUACUUUAGAUGCUCCCUCUUCUCGAGCUGUUAUUUUUGGAUUUCCUAUUGGCGGACAUUUAUUUGUAGAAGUAUUGCUUUUCUUAGUCAUUGUUUAUCUAUUUUCCCAGAACAGUUACAGACCGCCUAGGCGGCCUUUAACAGAGCAGGAAAAGGACGAGCUAUGUGAGGAAUGGGUUCCUGACCCUCUUAUUCCUUCUAUCACUGAUGAGAUGCUGUAUGAACCCCCCGUGUUGGAAAGUGCUGCAGGGCCACAUACAAUAAUUAAUGGUAAAGAAGUCGUGAACUUUGCUUCAGCAAAUUAUCUGGGAUUGAUAGGACAUGAGAAGUUACUUGAGUCAUGUAACUCUGCAUUGGAAAAAUAUGGUGUUGGCUCAUGUGGUCCUCGUGGGUUUUAUGGAACAAUUGAUGUCCACCUUGACUGUGAGGCGAGAAUUGCAAACUUUUUGGGAACUCCCGACUCAAUUCUGUAUUCUUAUGGACUGUCGACCAUGUUCAGUGCAAUUCCAGCAUUUGCCAAGAAAGGAGAUAUUAUUGUUGUAGAUGAGGGUGUCCAUUGGGGAAUACAAAAUGGUCUUCAUCUUUCUAGAAGCACAAUCAAGUAUUUCAAGCACAACGACAUGGAAGAUUUAAGGAAAAUUCUGGAGGAACUCACUUCAAAUAAGAAAAGUGGGCGAGUUAAGAAAUUGCGGCGCUACAUUGUAGUUGAAGCUGUAUACCAGAAUUCUGGCCAAAUAGCCCCCUUAGACAAGAUAGUUGAAUUGAAGGAGAAAUAUAAGUUUCGUGUGUUAUUGGAUGAGAGUAACUCAUUUGGCGUGCUUGGAAAAUCUGGAAGAGGUCUAACUGAAUACUGCGGGAUUCCGGUUGAAAAAAUAGAUAUUAUUACUGCUGCAAUGGGACACGCAUUAGCCACAGAAGGAGGAUUCUGCACUGGAAGUGCUAGAGUCACCGAUCACCAACGAUUGAGUAGCUCUGGGUACGUCUUUUCUGCUUCUUUGCCCCCAUAUCUUGCAAGUGCUGCCAUUACUGCCAUUGAUAUCCUCGAGGAAAACCCUGGUCUGAUAACAAAGCUGAAGAAAAAUAUUGCCAUAUUAUGGAAAGGAUUGUCAGGUAUACAGGGCCUCUCAUUCGCUAGCAGUCCAGAAUCCCCGAUUGUCUUCCUCAGACUAGAGAAAGCAGAUUCUGUGAAGAGUGAACUGCAACUCAAACUCCUUCAAGAUAUUGCCAACCGUUUGUUGAAGGAGCAUUCCAUCUUUGUGGUCGCCUCCAAAAAGUCAACACUUGAUAAAAGUCGUCUUCCAUUAGGAAUUAGAUUGUUCGUCUCCUCAGGCCAUACGGAAUCUGAUCUGCUCAAGGCAGCUGCAUCACUGAAAGGUGUUGCAGAAUUGGUGCUGAAGGAUCAUAUUUGACUGGUGGACCGCAGAAUUCUCUUGCUCUCGCAAGCACGCAGAAAUGACCAGGAUGCAGGAGCACCUCCAGCAUCUUUACGAAGCCCUUGGACGGUUGAUCAGUUUUGUGAUGCAGAUUAACAAAGAAAGGCCUCUGUGUGCUGAUAAUUUGUGCGAUGGAGAUAUGAUUAGAUUAUAAUUGCGUUCUUUUUGCCGCGUUUUGACAUGUGAACGACAUUAACGUGAAGUUUAGUGUAGAACACGAUUGUAUCUUUUUGAUAUGUUGGCAAUGCUGUGGAAAAUUUCAUGUUACAAUUGUACAUUGGUUGCUCCUGAUGCCUUAUGAUUUUUCUCUUUUAGUUGGAAAUGACUCGAGAUGAAAUAUGAUGUGUUACUUGCAUGUAUAAAAUUUCUAUUUAAACAA